CCUGAAAGCGCCUGCGCGGCGGUCGGUUGAGGUGGGGGUCUGGUCUGGAAAAGUAAGUCCUGGUGCUUCCCCUGAGCAGGAACGGUCGCCAGUGACUCAGGACCUAGUUAAGUACCCACAGGAAAUAAUAAGCAUUCACCAAAUGCUUAUUGGAGGAAAGCUCUGGCAUACCCAACACCACCGUUCCUAAGAAGUUCAAGAGAAUAUGUAGGUAGGACAAAUGUGGAAACAGUUUACUUUAGCAGCUGGGGUGAACCUCAGACAAACUCCUUACAGAUAUCUGGUUUAAAUCUCCCCUAGGCUUCAGUCCAGUCCCUGAAUGGCUGGUCUCCAGUUGGCGCCACAUCUGCCUGUGGGCGUUAUGCUCCCAUAUAAUAAAGCGGAAGCUCCAGGGCUCCUCUCAGCUAAGCAAGAGCCCUGUGAAAAAGGUGACUCUUCUCAGCGGUCCUCAAUGGGGCACCCGAGGAACAAUUUCCAGCAGAAGCUUUUGAGCAACAAAGAGCUGAUGCCGGAGAAUCUCUACACUCCCUCCAAAUGGAACACGUACAGCAAAGCUUGGAGCUACUCCUAUCCCCAGUGUGUUGGAAUCAGCCAGCAGGAUUCCAGAAGCAGUCCCCAGGGCCAAGCAAAGGGUUUGUUUUACCCAUCAGAUCCUCAGUCCUGGUAUCCCAAAGCAGAUAACCAGGAAUUCAUCCCCUUUACAAAGAAGCGAGUUGGGGUGGACCGGGCAUACCCACUGAAACCUGUGUUCCACAGGAAGUCUCAUAGUACGAGUGAGGCUGCCAUUGAUGGGGACCAGAACGUCUCUCCAAGACCCCCUGAACCGAGAGGGUUUCCAUACAGCAGCAUUGGUUCAAGGAACUGGGAGAAUUCAUCUGGGGUUUGUGCUGUUGCUGCCACACAGGAGGAGAGGGCCGUGGCACAUCCCAACAGGACUGAACGGGUGCAGAUCCAAAGACUAGAAGCUGCAGGGGAGAGCUUACGGGAGGAAAUCCGAAGAAAAGAGACCCUCCUAAGGGAAAAGCUGAAGAAGACAGAGGAGGAACUCAGAAGGAUCCAGAAAGAAAAGGAACAGGCUAAGGAAAAUGAAAAAAGAGAGCUACCGAGAAUGACACUCCCCAGGAGGAGAGUUAAAGGUAAUAGCAACACCACAUACAAAUCUACCUUCCCCCCAGAACUGGGGCCUGAGGAGGUCUUCAGCAGACACAGGGGAGAGGAUGAAACUAGAGGAUGGCCUCAAGAAAAUUCUAGUCCACUCCAGUUCUCUGAUUAUGGAAUACAGAAACUCAAAAGGGAAAGACUGGUGGCAAGCAAUAACAAAAUCCGAGACUUAGUCUCAGGGCCACCAAAAGAGUUCUCUCAGUCUUCAGGAGUGCCAGGCCGUGCUUCUCGGGGAUCCACCAGCAAUUCUAGUCUGUCUAGGGCACCAGACUCCUCAGUUUCCAGCUGUUCUACCGAGGAGCCAGAACUUGGCGAAUGUAGCCAUUGUGGACGCAAGUUCCUGUUGCUCAGACUGGAGAGACACUCCAACGCCUGCAGCAGGAUGCAGCGUUCCAAGAGGAAAGUGUUUGACUCCUCCAAGGCCCGGGCCAAGGGCACAGAACUAGAGCAGUACUUGAACUGGAAGGGAUCAGCCUCAGUCCAGGCUGAACCUCCUCGGAAGAGCAACUGGAGACAGAAGCAUGAGUCUUUCAUCUGUACCCUCCGUCAGGCUCGAGAAGUCCAGCAGGUAAUUGCCAAAGGUGGAAACCCCUCAGACUUGCCUCCUAUCCUGCCUGCAGAAAAUCCAGAUUAUAUUCAGUGUCCUCAUUGUAGUCGCCACUUUGCCCCCAGGGUGGCUGAGCGGCACAUUCCCAAGUGUAAGACCAUCAAGAACCGGCCUCCACCUCCAAGGAAGCAUCCCAGUUGAGCGGACAACAGUGGGAGCCUCCUUGAUAAUUCAGAAGGCUCUGCUUCUCUUCAGCAGUAAAUGGGAGUAGAAUAAUUUGACGGGAAACAGAACUAAAAGUUUUAUACCUCCCCCAUCUGCCUGCAGAGCUUCAAUCAGUGAGGAGAGACCCUUUGCUAAGCAGCAGAAGGCAAAAGGAAGCCUCAGCUUCCCACUAAAUUACCAGCUCAGGCUGGAGUGCCUUGUUAUUGCCCUAAGAACGGAUGGCUGAAGACACUCGAGAGGCGAGCGGGCUACAUUAAAGCUCUGUUCUUGCAAGCCCGA